AUGUCUUCUGAGACUCAAAACGACCAAUUGCACAAUGAUUUCUCAGCCUCGCUGACCACAGGCCCUAAUUUGUUGUCACCCAUAAGACUCCUAUCAUCAUCAGAUUUUAAAAGGAGAAUAGCUGAUCAAAGUCCAAGUAUUAGUGAUAGGUACAAACCUUUCAAACGAGCCCCGAGUACGCCAUUGACUCCGUCUCUCAUAACAGAAGGGAUCCGCAAGAAAAAAAGAGACCAAUUUGAAGAGACCAAAAAAAGGAAAAAUAAUUUGAAUGAUCGGUUGAUUGCUAUUGAAUUGGGGAAUGAAACGAAUCAGGAACCAGAAAAUCUCGAUGAAUCAUAUCAAAACAUCUUAGAAGACGAUCUACUGAAUGCCGAUGAGUCAUAUCAAAAUAUAUUAGGGGACCAAAUGAUACUUGGGACAUGUGCAGAACUUGCAAUUGUGGUUUCUGAUGAUGAUGAUGAUGAUGAUGAUGAUGAUGAUGAUGAUGAUGAUGAUGAUGAUGAUGAUGAUGAUGAUACUCAACAACAAGAUGGUGAACCAGAAAGCGAUCGAGAAAACCAAGACAAAUCGGUAUGUCAAAGGUCAUUCAGAAGCGAAUUUCGUCAGGCAUUAUGUGAUCUUAAAGAUAAAACAAAAGACGGGAAUGACGGUGGUGAUUUCUACGAACAACACUCGGUGCUACGAGAUAAUGAUAUUCUGGAGUAUCAUGAGUAUGAUGAUACCAGCUGUUAUGAGGACACUUAUGCCCCGAAUUUCAGCAGGGCCCUGGUAUUCCCAUAUAAAGAUGAUUCACAAGAAAGGGAAAAAGAUUUCGAACAAGAAGACGAUGAUAAUGAUUCAAAGGAAGAACACGAUUUGUCCAACAUCUUGGCACUGCUUUCCUUCACUAAAGAAGACUUGAUCUGA